AUGCACAUGUCAAAUUCACACGAACUACGUUUGGAACUGUUACCGCCCGGCUCACCAGCGUCAUCUGCAGAAGACUAUGCGCAAUCUAAUGCACAUUCAUCUGUAACAGUGCACAAGGGCGACUUAGGAUGGGUAAGUGAGAUGGAUUUUAUGCGUGCUGACACCCCAAGUCAACUGCGCCAACGGUUUAUUCAGAUUCAAGUGACAGACCGUACAUUUAAGGAACCGUCCUGGAUGCACCCGAAUAUUGGCGGUGAAGCGCAAUAUGUCAAAGGAAGAUUUGAUGAGAUUGCUGCACUCAAUGAGGAGCUGCAAACCAAUGAGACGAAGAAAAAACUAGGAGAAUGGACAUCCACUUCCAUUAGUGGCAAUGCCAUCCUGUCUAGUGUGCUCUUUUCAGCAGGGCAGACCAUUGCCAAAGCUGGAAAAUUGGCACCGGUCACGCAAUUGCUCGUGGUCACGGUAGUCUACUGUCUUCGCUGGGUGUUUGAAGAUGUUAUGAGUGCUGUGCCGUUAAACGGAGGCUUCUAUACUGCUAUUUUGAACUCGGCACCGAAGAAAGUUGCUGCUGUGUGCGCAGUUUUUAGUAUGCUCUCGUACCUAUCGACGGCUGUGGUCAAUGGUGUCUCAGCCAUGAACUACGUCAAUGAUUCUUUGAUGCAAAUUCCAGUCAUGUACUGCACAAUCGGUUUGCUAGCCGUUUUCGCGCUGCUCUGUCUUAUGGGUAUCGCUGAAAGUGCUUUUGUUUCUUUAAUCAUUUUUAUCUUUCACACCUUCACGUUGACCUUGCUGGGCAUCUUCAGCAUCGUUUACGUGUCGCAGCAUCCCUCCAUAUUCAUGGACAACGUGGUCACACGAUUCCCUGAGGUGACAAUGCUUGGCGGCGCUGAUAAUGCUAGUAAUGUUGCUUCGGCUCUUUUCUUGGGCUAUGGCACAGCGAUGCUGGGAGUUUCGGGUUUUGAGAGCUCGUCGCAGUACGUGGAAGAGCAGGCAACGGGCAUGUUUUCAAAGACACUACGCAAUAUGUGGGCAUUUUCUAGUACAUUCAAUGUGGCUUACUCGCUGUUGGCAUUGGCUGUUGUGCCUUUGGAUACGAUCAUCUCACAUCAGUCCACUUUGUUGUCGUAUAUGGGUCGUCUGAGUGGCGGCCAUUGGCUGGAAGUUCUCGUAGCUAUCGAUGCCCUUGGUGUUCUUGCUGGUGCGGUACUGACGACUUAUGUCGGCAUUAAUGGGUUGUUCCAGCGAUUGGCAAUCGACCGCAUUUUGCCUAGCUUCUUGCUUAAGGCAAAUGCGUGUCGUGGCACCAACCACUUUAUUAUUCUAGCGUUUUUUGUCGUGUGUGCGAGCCUUGUCUUUAUCUUGGACGCUGAAGUGACGGUGCUUUCUGGUGUUUUUGCGCUUGCUUUCCUGAGUGCACUUCUAUCUUUCAUCACUGCGUGUGUGUUACUGAAGCUGUGUCGCGAGGAGAUUCCACGCAAGAGAACAACAUCGUGGUUUAACACAACUUUUUGUAUGUGUAUGGUGUUAUCGGGCAUCCUCGCAAAUGCAAUUUCAGAUGUGAAGGCGUUGUCGUAUUUCUUCAUCUACUUCGCGGUGUUUUUCGUCGUGGUUUUUGUGAUGCUAACACGGGUGAGUUUGCUGAAAGCAUUCCUCUUUGUUUCGGGCAAACUUCUAGCAUGCUUUCAAGGUGAGUUGAACCCUUCGCAACAGUCUUUAUCAGGUAGUGUCAUGAUUGCCAAGACAAUCGAAAUCAUCAAGAAUACGCCGGUGGUUUUCUUCUGCAAAGCAGUGAAUCUGCCGAAAAUUAACAAGGCUGUGACGUACGUGAUGCAUAACGAAGACACGUACUGCUUGCGACUAGUGCACAUAUGUGAGGUAAAUGCUCCUGUUCCACGUGAGUUUGAGCACGUGGUAAAUCUUUUCGAUCACAUUUACCCGUCGAUCAAGAUUGAUUUUAUUGCUGUGACAGGAACAUUUGAUCCGGCGAUGGUGCAGUGGCUGUCAAAGUCUAUGGAUGUUCCCGCUAAUAUGAUGUUCAUGAGUCAGCCAGCAAAUGAAAGUAUUCAUCGGGUGUCAGCUCUGGGUGUGCGAAUCAUUACAAAUUAA